AUGUCUGGACACUUUUUCUUUACUUCUGAGUCUGUCGGUGAGGGUCACCCUGACAAAAUCUGCGAUCAGGUUUCUGAUGCCAUUUUGGACGCCUGCUUGACCGCAGACCCUCUUUCCAAGGUUGCCUGUGAAACUGCCUCUAAGACCGGUAUGAUCAUGGUGUUUGGUGAGAUCACCACCAAGGCCAACUUGGACUACCAAAAGAUCAUCAGAGAUACCAUUAAGCACAUUGGAUAUGAUGACUCCGACAAAGGUUUCGAUUAUAAGACAUGUAAUGUUCUGGUCGCUAUCGAGCAACAAUCUCCAGACAUUGCUCAAGGUUUGCACUAUGACAAGGCCUUGGAGGAGCUUGGAGCCGGUGACCAGGGUAUCAUGUUCGGUUACGCCACCGACGAGACGGACGAGAAGCUGCCAUUGACCAUCCUGCUGGCCCAUAAGCUGAACGCCGCUCUUGCUGACGCCAGAAGAUCCGGUGCUCUUCCAUGGUUGAGACCAGACACCAAGACCCAGGUCACUAUCGAAUACAAGCAUGACGGUGGCGCUGUUGUGCCGUUGAGAGUCGAUACCGUCGUUAUCUCAGCUCAGCACUCUGACGACAUUUCCACUGAGGACCUCAGAUCCGAGAUCAAGAAACACAUUGUUCACAAGGUCAUCCCUUCUCACCUGCUAGACGACAAGACCAUCUACCACAUUCAACCUUCUGGUAGAUUUGUCAUUGGUGGUCCUCACGGAGAUGCUGGUCUGACCGGUAGAAAGAUCAUUGUCGACACUUACGGAGGAUGGGGUGCCCACGGUGGUGGUGCCUUUUCUGGAAAGGACUUUUCGAAGGUCGACAGAUCUGCCGCCUACGCCGCCAGAUGGGUUGCCAAGUCUUUGGUCAACGCUGGUCUUGCCAGAAGAUGUCUGGUGCAAUUCUCGUACGCUAUCGGUGUGGCCGAGCCUCUUUCGAUCUACAUUGACACGUACGGAACCUCCAAGCUUUCCUCGGAGGAGCUGGUCGCCAUUGUGAACAAGAACUUCGACCUGAGACCAGGUGUCUUGGUCAAGGAGCUUGAUCUGGCUAGACCAAUCUACUUCAAGACUGCCUCGUACGGUCACUUCACUGACCAGUCCAACCCUUGGGAGCAACCUAAGAAACUGGUUUUAUAG